GAAUAUGUGAGAUGGUAACACUGUGUUUGUUUACGUUUUAUUUUUAUUGUUAUAAAAAACUAUUUUGUUUAAAUAAAUUUGUUGACUAUGACUGUUUGCUUUAUUUGUGGAGAUUUUUCGAAUUUAGUUCUACAUACUCUUAACAAAAUAGUAGGAAGUCCUCCAAUAGUUCUCAGUAAUUUAAUUAGGCAAUGUGUUGGCGCCGACUGGAAGCUGGUACAAACUAAUAAGAUAUGUGACAAAUGCAAGAAGAAAUUAGAGGAAUUUUAUAACAUACAGUUGAAAAUGCAACAAAUUCAAAAGGAAAUUGUAGAUCUUUUAACAAAUACCUAUAAUAAACAAAAUAAAGAAUUGAAAUCUAACACACUGAAUGUUGGUGAAGAAAAUAAAAGCUUAGUUAAACAGAAGCAUACGUGUUCUCUAGGAAUUAAGCAGGAAAUAUGUGAAGCCAAUAAUAAUGAUAUGCUAACCAAAUUCGAAUGUGAUGCAGUUGCUGAUAACGAUGAUAAGCAAAGUCAAUUUAUGGAAGACAAAAGUUACGUAGUUAAACGAAAAUUAGAAAUAUUAAAACCACUCACAGAUAUACAGAGUCCCAUUUCAGGAGAUUCGCAUAAAAUUAAAUCUAUUAUUAAAAAUAAUUCUAUUUCAAAAUGUGCCUUUAAAAAUAUUUGUGAAUUAUGUGGUAAAAUUUUUCAUUCAUAUACAGGUUUUUUGUAUCAUUCUCGAACCCAUGAUCCUAUUAAACACUUUAAGUGCAGCAUUUGUGGUGAAGAGUUUCGAGAAAAAUAUGCGCUUAAGCUGCAUAUGGCAUAUCACACUGGAGAGAAGCCAUUUAAAUGUGAUAUUUGUGCAAAAUGUUUUGUACACAAGAAAAGUCUGCGAAUCCAUAAACAGAUACAUGACGAAAGCACAAGGCAAUUAAAAUGUGAACAGUGCAGCUUUAAGUUUCGCACCAAUUCCCAUUUACGGCGUCAUAUGGUAACGCAUACUGGUGCCAAACCAUAUCCAUGUCCCGUUUGUACAAAACAUUUUUCGACAAGUUAUGGUAUGAAAAAACAUCUAAAGCAACAUCAGAGUCCAGAUUGCAACAAAGAAUUACGAUAUCGUUGUAAAUUGUGCCCGCGAACUUUUACCAAUAAACAAAACUAUCAAAAUCAUUGUGAAAUUAAAAGUUGUAUUUAGUUAAUGAAA